AUGACUAAAGAUUCCUUAAACUAUUUUCUUAUCAAGAAGAAGAAACAAUUAUUGGCUGGCUUCACUUCAGAAGGCGGUGCAAGUGCAGGUGAGCAUUACCCUAUUCUGGGUGCUGGAUUUGAGAAAACACUCUCCUUCGGUGUAGAUUUCGCGCCCGCCAACAACAGCAUAAAAGAAAAGCAAGCAAACAGGGCUGCUGCUUGUGUCCAGAUGUAA